AAUCUCUCAACAAACUGCACUAUUUUCUUGGAAAACUUGAAAAUGGGAGGAAAAUUAUCAUCCUGUUUUACCGUAUGGAUUGUGAUCCUAGCGAUCGUGGUCUUUUCGCAAUCUAGACUCGUCGAGAAGCGUCGAUACACAAAAGCGGAUCCCAUAAAAUGCAACAUUCUCAAGUUGGGCCCCAUGCCCCCCGAGGUAAAGGGCAAUGACACACUUAUCCUCUGCAACUGCACUAUGAGUUUCAUCAUCAUCCGGAAGGAAUGCAUUGAAUACCAAGAAGUUUCUGAUGACAAUAGCACCACCACAACUACACAACGAUCAUCUUCAACGUCCAGCACGACGGCCAGAACGUGGCGUCCAUCGACCCGAUCAACCACGACACGUGGGACGACGACAUCGCCAACCACGUCGAUUCCAACGACACGAUUUCCAACCAGUUCAUCCACCACGUUUCGAACAACUUCGUCGACAAGAUUUCCGACCAGUUCGUCGACACUGAUUCCUACAACUUCGUCAACAACGUUCCCGACCACAUCGUCGACAACUUUACCGACAACUUCGACCGCAACAAUUCCAACAACUUCGUCAACCACUAGUCCAACCACCACAUCGGCAACGACGACGACUUCAACCACCACGACCACCACACAAAAUCCAAUCACGUCAACGGCCGAACCCACCACGUACAACCCGACCAGCACCGUCACCUCAAUCACCGAUGUGACAUCUGAACGAACGGCCAACAAAGGUUUCGUUCCACUUUCCCGGGAUGAAAAUAAGGACCAAAUAUUCGUCCAGGGCCAUUGGUACAAUAAAGACGGGACAACAAAUAAGGGACACACGGCGGCGCAAGGCACUCAAAUCUCCGCACAGUCAACUUUCCAACAGUGCAUGCAUCACGGGACGAACGGCUGCGACCAAACAUGGAGCCAAAGAUACUGGGUAAACUCGGACUACUGGAGUCCAGGAAAUCCCAUCUUUAUCGAGAUUGCGGGAGAAUGGGAUGCCGAAGGAGACAUUAAUGGCGGCUACUGGUACAACUAUGCGUACAAGUAUAAAGCCAUGUUGGUCGUUUUGGAACAUCGCUUCUACGGACAGAGUUUCCCUGUUAACAACCCUGCAGUAUCUGAUUUAUGGUUGAUGACGAGUCAAUUGGCUUUGGCCGAUGCUGCCUACUUCAUCGACACUUACACGCAACAAAAUAAUUUACAGGGCUCCAGCUGGGUCGCGUUUGGUUGCAGUUACGGCGGCAACUUGGCCGCCUGGAUGAAACUCAAGUAUCCCAACCACGUUAAAACUGCGGUCUCUUCAUCCGGCCCAGUCGAAGCCAUCUACGACUUUCCCGGAUACAUCCAAACCGUUUCGGAAGUCAUUCAACAAACCGAUUCCGGCUGUUAUGACUAUCUCUACAAUACCUUCGGCUGUAUGGAAGCCUUCGUUAAUGGCAGCACGAGCAGUUGCGGGCCUUACAAGACCAUUCAGGAUCUUAAGGCUGCUUUGAAAUACUGCUACUACGUCGACCCCAACGGAAACACGCUCUCCCGCCAACAAAUGUUUAACUAUCUCGCGUACCCGCCAUGGGCCGAUAACGCGCCUGGAUCUAAGGCUUCCUCUUCAUGUCAAAAACUCCGCGCUUCUAAUGGUGCCGAUGGCAUCCAGUUUUACGGAAACUUCAUGCAGUCCUCCGGCCUCAACGGAGGGUGCAGCUCAGGCACUCUGGAAGAUCAGGGCGCCUUCCUUCAAACGCAGGAAGCCUGGCAAACUGGCGCGGCCGGCUGGACGUGGCAGACUUGCAAUGAAUUCGGAUACUUCAUGUCGUCCGAUCCGGUUCGAGGAACCUUUGGAAGAAAUACGUUUUCCGGAGAUGUUUAUGGAUCCACAUGCCAGAGACAAUUUGGAGACACCUACAACCGGGAAUACGUUGAGGGGCAAAUUGCGAACACGAAUGCGUACUACGGCGGGAAGAAUAUCCAGUCGAAAUGCGUAAUUUUCGUGCAUGGAACCUGGGAUCCGUGGCAUUCGCAGGGAGUCACCACGCCCACGGGAUACAACACUGUGGUCGUUGUGCCAGGAACCGAGCACUGUGCCGAUACCGGAAAUCCGACCAAUUCUGCCAUGUCCACCGCCCAGCAGACAAUCAGUUCCCAACUUGGACAGUACUUGAACGAUCCUAACUGCUAAGCUAUUUAAGCUCUGAACGAAUUCUGUAUUUCAAUUUGAAGAAUAUUCGGAUAAAAUAAAAAAUUUAUGAUUGCAGACGAUCUGAUAAAUA